AUGGGUGCGUUGCGUAGCAAAAAGUGGAAGGCGCAAGGGAAGCACGUGUUCAUCACGGGCGGCUCGCAGGGUCUUGGUCUUGCAGUGGCCGAAUUGCUCGCUUCCAAAGGUGCGCACGUCACCAUCUGCAGUCGAACCGAGUCCAAGCUUCGAGAAUCGGUGGAGAAAGUCAAGGCAGCCGCCAAGUCCAAUAGCCAAAACAUCGAUUACAUCGCUGCAGACGUGUCCACGUUUGAAGGCGCAAAGCGCGCGAUAGAAUCAUGUCGAGUUGUCCCAGACACCGUGUUCUGCUGCGCUGGCGGUGCCAAACCCGGAUUCUUCAUUGAACAGACCGAAAGCGACUUCGAGAAGGGGAUCAAGACCGACUAUUGGACGUGCCUCGCUACUGCACAUGCGUCAGCAAAUGCAAUGGCACGGACCAAUCUCGCCGAUGGCAAGAUUGUGCUUGUAAGCUCAACACUGGGACUUAUUGGACUGGUCGGGUACUCGCAAUAUGCGCCGAUGAAGCAUGCUAUCAGAGGACUCGCCGAGUCGCUGCGAUCCGAGCUGAUCCUCUAUGGCAUCUCUGUCCACGCCUACUUUCCCGGGACGAUCCUCUCGCCUGGGCUGGAAGAGGAGAACAAGACCAAGCCCAAAAUUACACUCGAAAUCGAAGGACAAGAUGAUGGUUUGACACCGGCCCAGUGCGCAAAGGGUCUUAUCAAGGGGGUGGAGCGAGGACACUUUUUCAUUACGACAGAUUUCAACACGGAACUCUUUCGAUCCGCCGCUCUCGGUGCAAGUCCAACCAACCGUGGAGUGCUGGACAGAGCGGUUGCGCUGAUUGCCUGGAUCGCCAUCCCCGUCUGGCGCAACUUGAUAGCGGACAGAGCCAUCAAGAAGCAUAGCAAACAACAUAAACAGUCUCUGUUUAGUGCUCCAACCAAUUGA